UAACGCACAUUAAAGAAGAGAUCAAACAACAACUAUCGCUCAAGCGAGAGAAAAAGUGAAAGCAAAGGCACAGAAUCCAUAAACCUCCCAAAAAAACAGAAUACCAAACACUGUCUAUCUCUCUCUCUCUCUCUGUAUGUGUUUUUCCUUGAAAAAUCCAAAAAACAAAAACAUCUAAUCAGUUUAUUUUUACUUUCUAUCUCUAGAAGCAGAAACUAUAACGCAGGAACGGUUUCUCUCAUUAAUCGGUGUCUCAUUUUGUAACUGCGAAAAAAAGAACCGCAGAAACUUGCUUGUUUUUCACUUGUGUUUCCGUCCGGUUCCGAUAAGUUCGGGGUUGGUCCGUACGAAUGGACCGGUACGGUCGGGUGCAAGAAGGCUCACAAUCCGAUCCGGCACUAGAAUGGACGGGUUCAGGACAGGAAACCGGACUUGAAGAGGGUGUUUGGCAAUUGGAAAUAGGGGAAACAGAAUCGGAAUACCCGGAAAGACCUAAUGAGCAAGAUUGCAUGUAUUACUUGAGGACCGGGUUUUGCGGGUACGGAGCUAGGUGUCGGUAUAAUCAUCCACGUGACCGGACUGCGGUAUUGGGAGCUGCGAGGGCUGGUGGAGGGGAGUUUCCUGAACGAGUGGGCCAGCCUCUUUGCCAGUAUUAUAUGCGGACAGGGACAUGUAAAUUUGGUGCUUCCUGCAAGUACAACCAUCCUAAACAGGGAGGCAUUUCUGUUAGACCCGUGUCACUAAAUUAUUACGGAUACCCAUUACGCCCGGGUGAAAGGGAAUGUACAUACUACAUUAAAACAGGGCAGUGUAAGUUUGGGGCAACAUGUAAAUUCCACCAUCCACAGCCAGCUAACAUGCAAAUUCCAGCACGAUCACUGGCUCCACAAGUUGCAUCGGUGCCUGCCCAUACUUUAUAUCCUACAAUGCAAUCUCCGUCUGUUCCUUCAUCUCAACAGUAUGGUGUAAUGGUUGCAAGGCCUCCUCUGCUACCAGGCUCCUAUGUACAAGGUCCUUAUGGUCCCGUGUUGCUUUCCCCAAGCUUAGUUCCCUAUCCAAGUUGGAGUCCAUACCCGGCACCUGUAAGUCCAGUAGCCUCUCCUAAUGCUCAGCCUGCAGUUGGCUCAGGAUCAGUCUAUGGAAUAUCACCACUAUCUCCUUCUGCACCUGCUUAUACAGGAGCAUAUCAAUCCAUACCUACUGCAAAAGGUCCUUCUAGCAGUUCCCAGAAGGAACACGUGUUUCCAGAGAGACCUGGCCAGCCAGAAUGUCAGUAUUACAUGAAAACUGGUGAUUGUAAAUUCGAAUCCUCAUGUAGAUAUCAUCAUCCCCCAGAAUUGGUCACAUCAAAAACAAAUGUUGUUCUUAGCCCCAUGGGCCUUCCUCUACGCCCUGGUGCGCCAACUUGUACUCACUACACGCAACAUGGACAGUGCAAGUUUGGGCCUGCAUGCAAAUUCGACCAUCCAAUGGGAACACUGAGUUACAGUCCAUCUGCAUCUUCUCUUGCUGACAUGCCAGUUGCGCCCUAUCCAGUGGGAUCUUCAAUUGGCACGCUGGCCCCAUCAUCCUCAUCUUCAGAUCUGCGGUCCAAACCCAGCAAGGACUCCAGUUCAACCAGGUUGUCUUCGUCAACAAGCACACCUAGCGGAUCAGUUGGUUCAAAAUAUUCAAAGAGUGGACCUGCUUCUCAUUCGAGCGUUCAAAAGUCAGGUCCUUCAACCACCAGCAGCACCAGCACCAACACAGGGGCACGCACCUCAUGCUAAGAAAAGAUAUUAAACAGCUCCUGCUCAUUCCUCUUUUUUAUCAAAUUCAUGAAAAACAGCAUUUUUUUUCUUGCUUCAGCCGUCAAAUAGGAGGCUUUAUUUUCCCAGCUCAGAUGGUUCCAUGAUUCAGGUCUAGCAUACAUUAGCUCUGAUAAUAUCUCUGUUCAUAUAAUCUUGUGGCCAUUGUUUUUUAUAUUCAAUAAGCUAUGGCCAUUGCCCAAAAAUCUUAGCAAACCCCGCAUAGCCUUCCACUGUUCUUUCGAAUAACCAUGAAUCUGCAGUUCCUCAAGGCAGAUCUGUAUCCACAUCUCCUUUUUUUGGAGUCUGUUACUUUAUAUCCCAAUCCUUUCUCAAAAAUGUAAGAGAAAAAUCCUAAAGCAUUCUUCCUUUUACAUCAGCCGUGUCUUCAUGUCUAUCAAUUUAUGAUUUCUUCAAAUUUGGGAACAAGCUUCCAAUUUGUCUAGAAAGGAAUUUGAAGGUUUCUUGUUUCCCUUCUUUUUUGUCAUCUGGGGUUUAUUAAAGACUUGAAGGAGGCAUGCAUCUCAGUGCUACCUUACAUGUGAUUAGGUACACAGUUAUGUUGUGACAAUUGAAAUGCUUGACAUUUUUAUUGAUGGAUCUAUUAUGAAAUACAAAUAUAUGAAGAGUUACUCAGACUGUAAUAA